GUUGCGAAUCUCUCGAUCCGUCAGUUCGAAUGCACCGGUUGGUCACUCUGCUCGAACGAGUCGAUCGGAUCAGUUGAAAGAUGUUUUUGUUAUUGCCAAUUAUUUCAAUGCAAAUCUUUUUUCCAAUAAUAACUUCGGGUUGGGAGGACAUUGAACAACCUUCUUGCAAGAAAAUGCGCGACGGUUCUUAUCCGCCUUAUGUGUGCAAAGGAGAAACCUCGAUUGGCAGAUGUUUUUGCUGCAGCGACCAGCAGGCUGAAUCACGUAGAAUUUUCGGUUGGUCCUGGUUACUGUCCGAGUCUGAUCCCAAAGACGACAAAAUGACUUGCAGUUGCAGCAGGCAGAGAGAAGCACUCAAAAGAACCGGGGUGUCGAUCCAUUGCUCGGAAAAUGGAAACUACGAUAAGCUACAAUGCGACAACGGCUUGUGUUGGUGCGUCGAACCGGUGACUGGUAAACCGACUGAACGAGUUUACCCGGAAUCCAUGAUGCGUUAUCUCCCUUGCUAUUUGGAGAAGCCGAGUGCUCUGAGGCGGUACUACCUGAGACAGUGCGAAAGUGCAGCCCUCGCAAGAGAACUCGUGCUUCGAAAAUUUCAGCUCCACGGUACGAAGAGCGCUCACAUCGACAUGCCGUUGUGCGAUUACGACGGAAGUUACAAAGCAUUCAGAUACGACAAGGAGUGGAUCCAUUGCACCGAAAAAAGUGGCAAACAAAUAGGAACUUAUGCACCGAAAAUCGCGGAGAAAGCCGUAGUGACUUGCAAUUGUGCACGUGACAGCGUUCUUUUUCAAGAAGAAAAUAUCGAGUUCACUCAGGCUUGUGCAGAGAAUGGAAAUUACGAGCCGAGUCAGUACAGCAACGGGAUGAAAUAUUGCGUCGAUAACGAUGGUUUUUCGACGACGACGUUGGGCGAUGACAACAGCGAACCCAGUUGCGCAUUCACACCCACGCGGUCGAUGUAAUUCAACAGUUUUUUUCCCAUUUAAAUACGUUCGAGUUCAUCGAAUUCCGCACGCGAGAUUUUUCAUUUUUGGGGCCCGAAUAGUUGGAACAAAAAUGAGAAAAUGCCCUGCUUAAUCGUCUGGAAAGAAUGUGAAUAAAUAAUUAAAAAAAGAAAAAACGAAUUUAAUAGCAG